GCAUGCACCUUCCCUCCCACCCACGACCAAACCUCUAGGCAUUAUGGGGAUUGUAUUGUAUCCCGUCCCUUGGGCUCUAUGGAAAAAGAAGCGGGCGGCCGCGGGAAAGAACUACAAUAACCGCCGGGAAACGGGCGCCGACGGAGGAGGGCGGCGCCGCCGGCGCAGGCGCAGAUGCCUUUGUGGAGGUGGACGUGAACAUCACCGCAGUACCAGGUGGCAAAAGCCAACCUGCCUGGUGUGUCCACCUGUGUGCCAAGAUGACUCUCUUCCACUUUGGGAAUUGUUUUGCCCUGGCCUAUUUCCCCUAUUUUAUCACCUAUAAAUGCAGCGGCCUGUCAGAAUAUAAUGCCUUUUGGCGAUGUGUGCAAGCAGGAGCCACCUACCUCUUUGUCCAGCUAUGCAAGAUGCUGUUUUUAGCUACCUUCUUUCCAACCUGGGAGGGUGGUGCAGGAGCUUAUGAUUUCGUUGGAGAGUUCAUGAAAGCUACCGUAGAUCUGGCUGACUUGGUGGGUCUGCACCUGGUGAUGUCCCGGAACGCAGGAAAAGGAGAAUACAAGAUUAUGGUUGCUGCACUGGGCUGGGCCACGGCGGAGCUCAUUAUGUCUCGAUGCAUCCCACUGUGGGUGGGAGCUCGUGGCAUUGAGUUUGAUUGGAAAUACAUUCAGAUGAGUAUUGAUUCCAACAUCAGCCUGGUUCAUUACAUUGCCACUGCUGCCCUGGUGUGGAUGUUCACCCGCUACGAUUUACCCAAACAUUACCGACUGCCCCUUACUUUCCUCCUGGGUGUCAGUAUCUACAAAGCCUUCUUUAUGGAAUCGUUUGUGCACGUCUUUCUCCUGGGUAGCUGGACUGCACUUCUGGUUAAAGCGGUGAUCACUGGCCUCCUUUCCUUCAGCUCCUUGGCUCUCUUUGUCACCCUGGUACACAGUAACUGAAGCUCCACCAAUUGUUGCUACAACUAGAGAGACCCUUUCUGUGUACAUCCCAAGAUCUCUCCGCUGUGGAUUCUGUUCGCAAAGGCACACAGGCCUUUGCACUGCCUUCCUGCAGUGAGAUUGUUUCCAGUCAUGGUCACUGUGGCAUUCCAAGAAUGAUGCUAAUUUAAAAAAGUAUUAUUUAUACUUUG